AUGUUUUUAUCGUUUGAUAAAAGUUUUCAAUCAAAUUUAAUCACUGAAUCCGACAUAAAUGAUUGUAUCCAUGCAUUGAACAAGUGGGACUUUGAUGACACACUCGACAUGGCUAAGUAUCUUCUAGUCGCAGAUAAAAAACCAUUAACUAUUAAUUUAGACAAUGAGAAAAAUAAAGAGUUACCAGCACAAUUCAGUUCAUUGCUUCUCGAUAAAAAUGAUAAACCGUUUUCAAGCCCAGCUUUAUUACGUAUUGUGUUACUAGUUAUGUGUAAUUUCAAGCGGACAUAUCUGUGUAAUAGUGAGGAUGAUGACGGUUUUUUUCCAGUCUACAUACCCAAGUUUCAAUCGUUCACAUAUCAAAUUAAUGUUCAUCAAGAAAUAACUUAUGCUUAUGGGCUUUUAUUAGCAGCUAUGGAUAUUGAAUUAGACAGUGUAAAACUGGAUCGCAUUCGAAUUUAUUAUCGAAUGCAAAUUACUCAUAGGAAAAGCUUACUCACAGUGUACGAAACAAUGUUAAUACAUGAAAAAUAUUUGACAUUAGAACAGUUCUUUAGACGAUUAGAAGAAUGCUAUUAUUUGGAAGAACACUUAUGUAAAAUUCAUUCCAUGCUAAAAGGUUUUAAUGAAUUUAUUACGAAAUAUCAACAUUUUCUUAAAAGCUUUCUACAUGAGAAAUUAAAUAUCAAAAAGAUAUGUGCAACUGAAAAUAAGGCAUUGAAUUCAGUCGAGACGAGUACAAAUGUGUUGUUAAAUGGUCUAUGUGUUAUAGUCAAUAUUAGCACGAUUGCAGGUGAUCCUAACCCGCGUCGUGGUUCAGAAAAGGAUGUACACUUAUUAGAAAAUAUGUUUAAAGAAAUGGAUUUUAGUGUGAAAAUAUGUAAAAUUGAUUGUACUGAAGAACAAUUCGCUACAGAACUGAGCGAUAUUAAAUCGAACAAAGAUUUUUCUAAAUAUGAUUGUUUAGUCAUGUUUAUCAUGUCGCAUGGGAAGCUAAAUUUUAUCCAAACAGCCGAUGGUGUAGAGAUCUCAAUACGAGACGUUGUUCGCUAUUUCAAUGAUAAACAUGAUACUAUUUGGAAAGGCAAAAAGCGUUUUUUUUUUAUCCAAGCAUGUCGUUCAGUUAAUCAUGAAUGUAACAUAACAGAACUAUGGAAGCAAACAUAUGAUGUGACCGGCGAAGAUUUAUCAGAUAAUAUGUUGGUGGCAUUUUCCUGCAAUAAAGAGGAAGAGGCAAAACGGAAGCCAGAAGUUGGAAAAAUAAAGCUUAUAUCAAAACGUGAUAUGAUCUUCAUAUUUCAAGUAAUUCUCGACGUAACUGCAAAAUAUCUUGAUGCAGCUGAAAACAUAUUACAAAAAACGCGUCAAGGGUAUAUGAAGUUACCGAAAGCCGAGCGUUUAAGCCAAAGCCCAGAAUAUUUAAGUCGUUUAAAUGCUGAUUAUUAUUUUUCACCUCAUAGUUUAAUUAAAAAAGUUCAACGUUCAAAACAAUUUGAUCAUUUGUUUUUGAGAAGAGCACUGUAUUAUUUUCAUACGCUCGUUGGUGAAAAUUUAUUUAGAAGAAUUGAUACAUAUUCAGAUCACACUUCUACCAAUGCAAAAAAUUCGAACAAUAUUGUCCGUACCCUAUCAAGUGAUGAUAUAUAUCGAAAGAAGCGGCGUUCGUUUUUACAAAAAUCGAUGUUAAAUAUUUCAAAUUUUUAA